UUUAAAGUAGAGACACUAAAUACUGAUAUUAUAUACACCUGAAAAGGAGCAGGAGAGGACUCUUUAAGUAAAAAGGGAGACUGAGCUUGAGAUAGUGAUGGAGUCAUGAGAGAAGGUUGGGAUGGUCGUUACUUUCAAAAUGCACUUGUGGUCAGAAAGAGAGUCAUGUGAUACGUUUCUCAUUAUUGAACAAUAACCCAGUAAAUCCACAACAUACAUUAUGAUCAUUUCACGCUCAAUGGUUGCCCCUUUUUUUCUUUUGAUGUUGUUGUUUUCCCAGUAGACUUGUGUAGUAAGUAUAGAUGUUAUAGUGGUUGGAUGGGGGAAGUGUGUACAGAAGCAACAUGGGAAAGUGGCAAUGUUAAGCAUAUUAAAAACAGACAGACGAGUGUGUGGUUUUGCACUAAUGUCCCAAUGAAUCACGGACAUUAAAAAACAAAAAUGUAAUACAUUUCAAAUAGAGGUAAGGCCACUACCCACAGAACGAGCAGUUUGACAACCCCAGCAACAUUACCAUAUCUAAAACGGGAGAAUAAAAUGAUGGCAAAGUGAAAAACAAAAAGCAGAUUUUCUUGUCGGCCUGGAUUAUUAAACACUCAGGUGUGUUCGGACUCACUUCCAGAAAACCCUUCAAAGAGGUUUGUUAUUGAAUGUUUGGAGGAACACAACAGGGCGCGGUCAUCCGUCAAUCCACCUGCACGUGACAUGCUGUUCAUGACGUGGGACGAGGGUCUUGCCAUCACUGCAGCAGCGUGGGCGAGGAACUGUUUGUUUGUACACAACGUACACCUCGAAGAUGUCCGCCGUGUGCAUCCUACCUUCUCCUCUGUGGGAGAAAACCUCUGGGCUGGAUCCCCAGCGUCACAUUUCAACGUGACGACAGCGAUCAAAAGUUGGGUGGAUGAAGUACACAAAUACGACUUCGACCAAAACAGAUGCUCAGGCGUCUGUGGCCACUACACACAGGUUGUGUGGGCGAGCAGCUACAAGGUUGGCUGUGCCGUGCAGCUGUGCCCGAACGGAGUCGAACGCACAAGCUUUGCUUCUAGAGAGGGGGCUAUCUUUGUGUGCAACUAUGCUACUAGAAAACCCUUCAAAGAGGUUUGUUAUUGAAUGUUUGGAGGAACACAACAGGGCGCGGUCAUCCAUCAAUCCACCUGCACGUGACAUGCGGUUCAUGGUAGGCAUCAUUGGUAUUUAAUCAUCAUCUUUCUCACACGGAUGACUAACUGACAGACGUGCAGUGAUUAAAUGAAUUCAUCGACACCUGUUAUGACCUGGCUCAAAAGGCCACAACAAAGAGGAGACACACCAUAUCAACGGUUUAACAAAAUAUGUUCAUUAAAGCAAGUGGUUCAAAUUAGCCAAAUGAAUUAAGUGCAAAACAAGUAAAGCAUGAGGUGUGGAUGUCAGUGAUAUCAGUAGUGUAAAUGCAGGGUGAGGCUUGCAUGGACAUGUAUGAGUGUGAGAGUGUUGCAAGUGCACAAAGUAUAGCAACUGAAGAAACUCAUAGCAUACUCAACCGAAACCAGGUGCCUGUAGGGGAGAGCAGAGGGAAGACAGAGGCCGUUUCUCAAUCGCGAGGAUGCUGGCUUGGUAGCACAGCCGAGCCGAGCAUCUUGCUUCAGAAGCAA